GGAGGCGGGGACCCGAGAACCUGCCGGGAGUCUGGGCUGGCGUGGGUGAUUCUCGCCGCUAUCUCCGCUCCGGUUCUUUCUCAAAACGCGCGCCUGCAGUGAGGGUGACCUGGAGGAAGGGGCUUGGGAAGGGCAGGGCCCCUGUGCGUUGACGAGGGGCUCGGGCCCGCGGCUAUCCCGGAAGUCCCCAGCCGCCUGCGGGCGCAUCUCCUCCUUCGUCGUCUGGUCAUGGCGAGAUUCUGGGUGUGCGUAGCCGGCGCCUGCACCUUGUUUGCGUUGCUGGUUUUGCAUUUCCACAUCUGUGGUUCUCCGGUUUUUAGGAAACUUUCUUUUCAAGUUAACUGGAACACUAAGGAAAUUCUUUACCGGCUGGAUGUGGGUUGGCCCAAGUAUUCGGAAUACUUCACUGGAACAACGUUUUGUGUUGCAGUUGACUCCCUCAAUGGAUUGGUUUACGUCGCCCAGAGAGGGGAUAACAUCCCAAAGGUAUUAGUGUUCACAGAGGAUGGAUAUUUCCUACGAGCCUGGAAUUACACAGUUGACUCCCCUCAUGGUAUAUUUGCAGCCAGUACACCACACGAACAGUCCAUCUGGAUCACGGAUGUAGGAAGUGGAUCAUAUGGUCAUACUGUUAAAAAAUACAGUUCCUUGGGUGAUCUUGUUCAAGUCUUGGGCACCCCAGGGAAAAAAGGCUCCGGUUUGAAUCCUCUGCAGUUUGAUAAUCCUGCAGAAUUAUAUGUAGAGGACACAGGAGAUAUCUACAUUGUGGAUGGAGAUGGAGGAUUAAAUAACAGGUUGAUCAAAUUGUCCCAAGAUUUCAGCAUCCUUUGGCUGCGAGGAGAAAAUGGCUCAGGGCCUGCUAAGUUCAAUAUACCUCACAGUGUUACAGUUGAUUCGACUGGCCGGGUAUGGGUUGCUGACCGAGGAAAUAAAAGAAUCCAAGUGUUUGACAAAGAGACUGGGGAGUUGCUAGGAACAUGGGAUAAUUGUUUCGUACAAGAGGGCCCUUCUGCAGUCAGAUUUACACCUGAUGAAAAAUACUUGAUUGUGGCCCAGCUGAAUCUUAGUAGGCUCUCAGUUGUGGCAGCACCCCCAGUGGGAGACAUUGGCAUGUGUUCUGUGAUCAGCACAAUCCAACUGGCAGAUCAAGUUUUACCACAUCUCCUAGAAGUUGAUAGAAAGACUGGAGCAAUCUAUGUAGCAGAAAUUGGAGCAAAACAAGUACAAAAGUAUGUGCCUUGGAGUGGCUAUGUCCUUUGAUUUGGAUCAUAAUUUUUUGUUUUUACUGUGGAUCUUUCUUAGAUUCUUAAAUUUUAUUAAGUGCUUACAAAUGAUAUUCAAGCACAAGAAUUUGUUUACAUUUUCCUGAUCUAGUAUCAGAUUUGUUUUUAAUGUUAUUAACAAUCAUGUUUUUAUUGCCUUUCUUGGGACUUAGUCUUACUUCUAAGUGCAUGAGGUUAUUUAAAGGAAGAAUUGUGGGAAGGUGUUUAGCCUAGGAGUUAGGACAUCAGAGUAUGUGGAUUCAAUCCUGGCUCCAGCUUCUGAAUUAAGCUUCCUGCCAUUGCAGAACCUGGGAGCCACAAGUGAUGAUUCAAGUAAGUAGGUUCCUGCUACUCAUAGGAAACCUUGAUUUCAUUCCUGGUUCCUUGCUUUGUCCCCAGACCCAGACCAGCCCUGACUGUGCAGGUGUUGGAGAACUGAACCCAUACAGUGGGAACUCUCUCUUAUCUGUUUCUCUUCUUGUUCUGCUGCCAUUUAUCCAUGUCUGUCUCUGCUUUCUUUGUCUCUUUGCCUGUCCAAUAAGGGUGUAACUUAAAAGAAUGAGGUCAUAAAGAAGGACUACGAUUAUAAGCUAGUUAUUUGGUCUGGUGAAUGAAUUCUCCCAGGUAAAACAGUAGGAACUAAAGUGGGUUCACAAGAUAAUUUAUUGAAUGUCAUGGAAACACCUGCUGAUGUCCAGUUUGUUCAGCUUCCAUAAAAUGAACUCACUGAGAGAAAGUAUUUUGGGCUGUUAAUUAUUUUGAGUAUCCACAGAGUACUAGGUCCUGAAGAUUCAAAGAUGGAGAAGCAAAUUUUGUGCUGUUUGAGUUGCCUACAGUGCACUGAGGAGACAAGCGGACAGUCACAGCAUAGUGACAGCAACACAGGAGUGCAGUGGCACUUUCCAGAAGAGGAGCACUGCAUUUGACCAAGGGACUCAUGAAGACUUUACAGGACAAGUCUGAAGUUGGACUUGAAAAUUAAGGAGGAGUUUUUAGUGGACCAGGAGGAAAAAAUUGCUUCCAAGUAGAGAAGGUAUGAAGGCUCUCAACUUGUGAGAAUGAGCCAUGCUUUUAGCCUUUGUUUUGAAGCCUUGCCUGGCUUUUUUGUUUUUAAAGAUUUAUUUAUUUAUUUGGAAGUCAUAGUUACAGAGGGGGUGGGGGGAUGGAGAGAGAGAGAGAGAGAGAGAGAAUCUUCGAUCCACUGGUCUACUUCUGAAAUGGCCACAGUGACUGGAUCUGAGCCAGGCCAAAGCCAGGAGCCAGGAGCUUCUUCAAGAUCUCCCAGUUUGGUGCAGGGGCCCGAGCACUUGGGCUAUCUUCCACUGCUUUCCCAGGCACAUCAGCAGGGAGCCGGAUUGGAAGUAGAACAGCUGGGACUAGAACCAGCACCCACAUGGGAUGCUGGCAUUACAGGCAGUGGCUCAACCUGCUACUCCACAAUGCUGACCAGCCCCCCUUGGCUUAACAGAAACCUUUAAAAUGCGAGGAUGAAGUGACUUGUGCCAUAUGCCUAAGCACUUUACUGGGAGUUCUUAAACAUAACCAGAAUGGUUUUUAAAGGUAGCAGUAAAAACAGGGCCUCUCCUAAGUGCUUCUUCCAACUUUAGUUUAUUCCUGACAUGUGUGUACCUUAGUGAAGUUUCAGGAGAGUUGCUUGUAUGGGGAUGUGCCAAACUCUUUGAACUAUUGUGACUAAAUAUUUUCUGACUGUUUCUACAUUUUUCUCCUCUUGGUCUGAAGAUUGGCUUCCCAAUUAAGACCCUGUUUUUCCAGUUGUUCUAGUUUGUUCUUGAUUUUGGUGGAACCUUGCUAUAUAGCAGUCUCUCAUAUCAGUCUUUCCCCUUGCUCUACUGUAAAUUGUGUAGCAGUUGAGAAAUCUUGAGCUAACUUUGCUCAUCACCUAUGGUGCCUGGAGUCUGCUUUCCAAACCGGAAAGAAGUUGUAUGUUAAUGCUUGGCCCAUAUAUCAGUGUGGUUAGGGAGGGAAAUCUAUCCACAGGAAACCCUAUUCCUGUGUUCCUGAAAGGAAUGUGCCACAGUGGGCUAAGUUUUUUUCCAGUAGCAUGGGUACAUUGUGUUGUAAGGGUCAGAUCUGCAAUAGGUACAUAUGUGCCCUUUGAAUCCCUGCUCCAGGUAUAUUACAGGACUUUUAUUAAUAAAAAGUUCCUCUCAGUAUGUUGUUUACCUGACACAAGGACCAGGUUGGCCUUAAUUUUAUGUUUAUGGCUUUUUAUAAAACACUUCACUUAUGUACUUUAUGCAGUUAAGAUAAAAAAAAUAAUUUGAGAGUUUAUUUGUUGGCAAGCUAGGAUAAGAAAUGCAAGUGCCUCUGUGAAGGAAUGUAGGCUAGACUGAUUUUUUCAUUUAACAAAUGUUUUAUUUAAUUUUGUUUUAUACCAGAUUUCUAUAAAGCUUUCUGAAAAUAUUGUUUCUGUGUAACUUACGUGAAGUAUUUAUUUCACAGCAUGCUUGUAAUCAUAGUAUUUUUUUCCUUUGGAUUAAUUGGUUAAAUGAAUGGAAAAUAUACUUUGUAUUUAAAAAAAUAGAUUAAAAUUCUGGAAUGAAAAGUCAAUGUUAUCCAAUUCUCCAAUUAAAGAUUAAUUUUAUUGUUAUAAAAACAGUUUGUAACUCCUUAUUCCAUUAAAGAAUUUCAGCAAUACUGGAAUCACAUUUGGUGCUAAGAAAAUAUCCCCCUCUGCGUACAUCUGUGAAGUGUAAGCUGUUGUUCAAUAUUGCUGGACAUUGCUUGGACAGUUUAAACAGUGUGGCUGCCUUUGUGGUGGUGGAUAGGUAUACAUGACAGUAUUAGUAGCUAAUUGUGGUUAAGCAUUAGAAGUAGAACCUCUUAAUGCCUCUGCUUUCUAAGUCUGUUCUUGGGGUAGAAGAAGGGAGUAUUUCAAAGGUAACUAUAGGUAUCUAUGCUCACCUGCACUAUAAGAUUAAGUCCGUAAAACAAAAUUUUGUUGAUCAUAGAAAACUUGGAUACUUUCUGAGUAAACAAAGAGGAUCCAUAUAAUUUGUGCUGGGGUCACUUGACAGGUAAAUGAAUGCUAUGAUUUGAGUCGCAGCUCCACUCCCUAUAUCAGCUUCCUGCUAAUGUGACAUCCUGGGGGGCAGAAUAUGGCUCAAGUAAUUGAGUCCAUGCCACCCACAUGGGAAAGUCCCCAGCUCCUGAUUUUGGCCAGGCUCAGCCUAGGCUGUUGUAGUUAUUUGGGAAGUUAGCUAGUGGAUGGAAAAUCUCUGCUCUGCUUUUCAAAUAAAUAACAAAUAAAAUAAAAGCUGUAAGGCUUAUAGGGUAACAUUCUAACUUUUGUUUUGGCUUUACUGGUUUUAAAUGUUUUUGAAUUUGAAAGCAAGAUAACUUGGAAAGCUAGCAUCAACGCUGGAACUUUUAGGGCUGAUGUUGUGGAACAACAGUUUAAGAGGCUACUCAAUGCCAGCAUCCCAUAUGGGCAUCCGUUUGAGUCCUGGCCACCCUACUUCCCUACUUCCAAUCCAGGUCUCUGCUAAUGGGUCAGGGAAAGCAACAGAGGAUUGCCUGAGUACUGGCCCUUCCCACCCAUAUGGGAGAUCUGGAAGAAGCUCCUAGCUUCUACAUUUGGCCUGGCCCAGCCCUGGCCAUUGUGGCCAUUUAGGGGAUGAACCACGGAUGGGUGAUCUCUUUCCUUCUGUUCCUCUCUCUUAACUCACCAAAAUAUAUAUCAUAUCAUAAAAAUAAAGCCAUGUCCUAUAUUUAUAUAGCUUUGUUUAAUUCUCUGCUAUAUAUUUUCAGCAAUAAUAACAUUUUAAAAACUUUUUUGAAAGAAUAAAUAAGGUUAAUUUCAUUCAACAAAAGGCUGUGAGACCACAGAAUUGUGAAGGUGUGUGCUCAAGCGUUUCUCUGCCGUGGAGGUGUGCUGCCUAGUGGAGACAGCCUGCUGAGAUCACUGCCUCGCAGUACUUUAGGGAGAUGCUGUGCGGUUAUGGAGCUUCCAUUGUGUUACAUUCUUGGGACAACAGAGGGCAGUAGAGCGCUGCUUGUGAUAAGCAUUUCUUGAAAUCAAAAGGACAAAUGACCUGUAUACUUGGAUUUUUUUUUUAAUUGAAACUACAUUAUUAAUCAGACUUCUUUCUGCUUUUUCUGGAGUUUGCUUAUGUCUUAAGGAAACUGACUUAUAGAUGAUGUAUUUUCCAAGUGGUUUUGGACAUGUUUACUACUUGAUUGAACUUUUCUACAUUUUAAAAGAAAAGUUUAAACUUUUUCAGUAAUCCAAACUAUAAGCAGAAGUGAAUAACUCAUUUCAAACGGAGGUGGAACUAUAUUCUGAAUAUUUGAGUUUUGUGCAAUAAAAAACAUUCAUGUUGCAGGAAUUAUUCUUUUCUUCCUCAUUAGUUUUUUUGUUUGUUUGUUUGUUUUUCUUUUUAAGGUUAAGAUUGUUUGAAGGGCAUAUUUAUAUAUAGAGAGAGACAGAGAACUCCCAUCUGCUGGCUCACUCCUCAAAUGGCCACAAUGGCCAGGGAUGUGCCAGGGUGAAGCCAAGAGCCCAGAGCUGCUUCUAGGUCUCCCCAAUAGAUUCAGGGCCCCAGGCACUAGGGCCAUCUUUUACUGCUUUCCCAGGUGCAUUAGCAGGGAGCUGGAUCAGAAGUGGAGCAGCUGAGUCUUGAACCAGUACCCAUGUAGGAUGCCAGCAUUGCAGGUUGAAGCUUAACCCACUGUGUCACAAUGCUGGCCCCUUUUUCUCAUUUUUAAGCAGUUUUGCCUUGUGGCUAUUGAUUAUUUUAUGGAUAAGGAAAAUAGACUAUUUAUAAAGUCAUUUCUCCACCAGGCAUUUAUCCAUAGAGGCUGUGCAUUUAUAUAGUAGAAUGACUCUAAAUACUUAAUGACAGGCCAGCGCCGUGGCUCAUUUGGUUAAUCCUGUGCCUGUGGCACCAGCAUCCCAUGUGAGUGCUGGGUUCUAGUCCCAGUUGCUCCUCUUCCAGUCCAGCUCUCUGCUGUGGCCUGGGAAGACAGUGGAAGAUGGCCCAAGUGCUUGGGUGCCUGCACCUGCAUGGGAGACCAGGAGGAAGUACCUGGCUCCUGGCUUUGGAUUGGCGCAGUGCCAGCCGUGGUGGCCAUUUGGGGAGUGAACUAAGGGAAAGAAGACCUUUCUCUCUGUCUCUCUCUCUCACUGUCUGACUCCAUCAAAUAAAAAAAAAAAAUACUUAAUGACAUGCAGGUACUACUUUUUGUAUGUAAGAAAUGAAUACAAUUUGAGCAAUGAGAAACAAUUCUGAAAACCUUUAUCUCUUACAUUGUAACCAAUGAGAUAGUGUUAUGAUUUAAUUCUAUUAAGAUUUAAUUGAAUUGUGAUUUAAAUACAUUUAAAUAUAUUACAUUUAAUUUAAAUACAUUGUAAUGUAUGAAACAAGCAUGUCCUAAUUAACUUGAGUCUUUCGAAUAAAUUCUUUUUUUUUUUUUUUAGAUUUACUUUAUUUAUUUGAAAGACAGAGUUACAGAGAGAGGUAGAGACAGAGAGAAAGGUCUUCCAUUUGCAGGUUCAUUCCCCAGAUGUCUGCAACAGUUGGAGCUGCACCAAUUCAAAGCCGGGAGCCAGAAGCUUCUUCCAGGUCUCCCACGUGGGUACAGGGGCCCAAGGAUUUGGGCCAUCUUCCGCUGCUUCCCCAGGCCAUAGCAGAGAGCUGGAUCAGAAAAGGAGCAGCCGGGACUAGAACCAGCGUGUAUAUGGGAUACCGGUGCUUUAGGCCAGGGCUUUAACCUGCUGUGCCACAGUGCUGGCUCCUCGAAUAAAUUCUUUAGAUAGGUAAAUUAAUUUGAAGGUGUCACAAGUUGCUUUCAUAAUAUUCUCAGUUUUCAGUAUAAUUCCCAAGAAAGAAAACUUUAGAAACAUGGCCCAGAUUCUCAGGUCUGUACAUACCAGAAUUGGUUACUAUAAUUCUUCUGAUAUAUUUUUACUGUAAGGCAUUUAUAUACAGAUUGUCACAGUUACCAAAGUUAAUCAUUUUUAUAAUACUCUUCUUCACAGGGUAUGAAAAACAUUUUAAAUAUUUUUAUAUUUACUGUAUUUAACUAAAAUAUUCAUUUUUGCAUGAGUGCUUAGAACUAAUUAUAUUCUUAUACUUUUAAUCUACAUUAACUUUUUGAAAUUUAUCCAGUUUUUACUUUGUAGGCUACAUGUACAUGUGUAUGCCAGUGCAUGUACAUUUCUGUAAGUAUAGAUAUACACAUCAAGAACAUUAUGCCCAAAAUAAGUCAGAACAGCUGGAUCCUAACAGUUUAUACUUAACAUGGCUAAGUAUAAGUCCUUUAUAUAUAUGUAUAUUAUGUAUAUAAACAUGUAUAUGUGUGUAUGCAUAUAUAUAUGUAUGUAUGUAUGUAUAUUCAAAAGUUCAUGGAAAGGUCUUCCUUCCAUUGGUUCACUCCCCAAAUGGCCGCUACGGCCAACACUGUGCUAAUCCGAAGCCAGAAGCCAGGUGCUUCCUCCUGGUCUCCCAUGCGGGUGCAGGGCCCAAGCACUUGGGCCAUUCUCCACUGCCUUCUCAGGCCACAGCAGAGAGCUGGACUGAGACUUGUGCUGAGCUGCUUGGUAUCAUUUAUUUCUCACUUGUGAAAUGAAAAUAAUAGUAUUUUCCUCAUGAGAUUAUUAUGAAUACAAAUGUGAUCAUGUAUGCAAAGUACUAAGACUAGUCCAUGAGACACAGUACACAUCAAAAAUGUGAAGAGAUUCAUUCAUUUGCGAUGUUUAAGGCAGACACGAGCAGACAUGCCACGUUUGGAGCAGUGUCAUGGAUUGGUUGAAUGUGAAACCAGAUGACCUUUCCUUCUCCUAUAAUUCUGUGUUUAGUUAUAUUGUUGAAUAUUAAUGUCCCUUAUUUUUUAAUAAGCUUUUCAAAAUUGUAGAUCCUGUGCCUUUCUUUAACAAAUUUAGAUUCCUAUGUUAAAUUCGUCCCAUGAAUUUAUUAGUUAUUUCUCCUGGAGUAGGACUUUGUUUUUUUUCCAUAUCUAAUUAAUUGGUGGUGGUACAGGGUAAUGGUAUCAAUUCUUUCCAUGUAGAGUGUAUCUGUUUACCUCAAAAGACUAGACUUAAUGGAAAUAAACUUUAUUUAAUUAGCUACAGAUUACAGAUUAUUAUUAAAGAUAUUUAUAGUUUCUGGGUAUAUAAGCAUGAAAAUAAAAAUUUGCAUCUUUUAGUAGUGUUUGUAGUGUUUUAUUUUAAAAUUUUUAUUAUAGUGGCUACACUAUUCAGAACAAUGUUGAAUAUUGGGAUGGGGAUAUCCUUAGCUUCUGAUCUGAAUGGUGAUGUCAGUACUUCAUCAAUUACUAAUGAAGUUUACUGUUUAGUUUUGAUAAUUUUCAUACUUGUAUUUUUAUCAUAGAAUUUUAUUAAGAAGAAUCACUUAAUUUGUUAAAUUGACCUUGACACUGAUAUAUAUGAUAUGUUGUUGUAAUUUAUGUUAGAGGUUUUUUUCCUUGGGUUUAUUAUUGGAAAAAACCUUACUUGGCCAUAAUAUCAUGCUUAUACCUUGUAUUCUUUAAAUGAAGAGGGCAGUAGAGGUCUAUUCAUACACAAUUUAGUAUGUUACAGCCAUUUCCAAAAGGAAUUUGAGUUUUCUUACAAUAAAAUAUAUAGAGUACUUAAAUGAAAAAUAGUAAUGUCAAAAAUUAUAUGAUUGGUAGAGAAAAUACAUUAUUUCAAAACUUGAAGUAAUUACAAGUUAUGCAUUAAAUUAUUCCUUAGUCUUAUUAUUGCCAUAGCAAACAAGGAAGUAUAUAUAUAUAAUUCUUACUUUAUCAAAGGAAAUUCUUUUAGAAAGCACUGUCCUAUAUAAGUGACAAGGCUCAUAUUCUGUAUCUUUCCGUAUCUCAGCUGUUCAAUAAACUAGCCUGUAGCUCAGGUAGUUUUUGAGUGUUUGAAACAUACAUUGUAUAUCUGAGGAACUGAGUUUCUUACCAUAUUUUUAAUUUAAGUAGUUAAAAUUGACUACUGGCUAUGUAUCAGCAUAGAAAGUGAAUCUAGGGUUUCAUAACGAAAACCAAUUUGUUUUCACCCAACUUCCUUGCAUAAUUUUCUUUCUGUCAACCUUUUAAGGUCAUGGAUAUUCCAGAUUCACUUUCCUGGAGUUGUAGCUAUUUAGUUUUUAGGUUUUCACCAUGUGACUCUCACCACAUGUGAGCCCAUUGGGAUGGCCACAGAGAGGAAAAACCAAGAACCUUCUCAAAAUAAUCUUUGGGUGUGAACCAAAAUAAGUUUUUGAAUUACCGUGACUGUGUAUAAAACAACAUGCUUCUUUACCUAUUGAGUUCCUGCUGAGCAAAUUUUAAGAAUGUUUUAAGAGAAUGUGAUUAUCUGAUAGCUACUUUGCCUCUACACAGAGUUCUAAUUCCUGGUUAACACUCCAGAAUGCUGCUACAGAAACAUGUUACUGAACAAAUUGAGCUUCCUCCAGGCCUCCCUCACAGGUGCAGGGGUCCAAGCACUUGGGCCGUCUUCCGCUGCUUUCCUAGGCCAUACAUAGCAGAAAGCUGGAUUGGAAGAAGAGCAGCCAGGACAUGAGCCAGCACCCGUAUGGGACACAAGUGCCACAGGCUCCCACAGAUUACUUUUUUAAAGUUAUAUUUUUAAUUUUGGGUUAAAUUAAUAUACAUUUUUAUGGAUUUCAGCACAGUGUUUCAGCACAUACACACAUACACACACACACACAUAUAUAUACAUAUACAGCAUAAACUGAACAUACAAGCCAAUUAGUCUUUCAAUUUCUUUUUCUUUGUGUUUGGAGCAUACUAGCUCCUCUCUGCCAAUUUUUUACCUGAAAUAAAAUACAUAAUCAUGAACUGUGGUCACCUUUCUGUGCUUUGGAGCACCAGAACCCAUUACCUUCUCUUGACAGCAUUUCUCCUCCCAUCCGCCUACCUUAUCCUUCCUAGCCUCUAGUAAUCACUAUUUUAAAUUCAGAUGAAAUAUAUAUUCCUCUUUUCCAAUUUGGAUGCCUUCUUUUUCCCCCUUUUUCUUGUCUAACUACAAGUAUUAUGUUCCAUGUUGAAUAGUAGACACUGAAGGUUUUGAGGACUAACAUACCAUACCUUUCAUUAGGUACAGUAUCUAAGGUAGUAUAUAUAUUUCUCAUCUAGUGCUGAGCAGUGCUGGGUAGAGGCAAGGGACAAAAUAUUAGAACAGUGAAAAGGAAACAUUAGAACAUGGAAUAUCACAUGGGUUUCAAUAUGAGUUCCAUAUAGAGUGAUAAGUGAGAUUUGGACUUUUGAGAAACAGCAUGAAGCGGAGCAGAAGUCUUGAAGGUGUCUCCUGUUUCACCUGAUCCCCUGCAGUUUUCAGGGAAACCAUUUAAGAGGCAGAAGUUAGUGCAAAAACUGGAGCAGAUCCCAAGUCUAUUGCUUCACAGCGUCCUUUCUGCUCAGCUGCUCAGCUGGUCUGUCUUCCUUUCUACCUUAUUGAGCGACACAAUGCCUGGUUUUUUGUUUUUUAAGAUUUAUUUAUUUAUUUGAAAGAGUUACACAGAGAGAGGGGCGGGGGGUCUUCCAUCUGAUGGUUCACUCCCCAAUUGACUGCAGCGGCUGGAGCUGUGCCGAUCCGAAACCAGGAUCCAGGAGCUUCUUCCAGGUCUCCCACAUGGAUGCAGGGGCCCAAGCACUUGGGCAUCUUCUACUGCUUUCCCAAGCCAUAGCAGAGAGCUGGAUGGGACGAGGAGCAGCCGGGACUCGAACUGGCGCCCAUAUGGGAUGCCGGCACUGCAGGCCAGGACAUUAACCCGCUGCGUCACAGUACCGGCCCUGACACAAUACCUUGUUAAAAUAUUAUGUACACUGAUUGUAAUCCAUGAAUGAUUUAUCAUAAAUAUCACAUUCCUUCCUGUGCUAGACAAUCUUUUCCAGAAAGUGGAACUAAUAUUUAGAUUUCAUUAUCCUUAAUUUGAAGAGUUGCAUGUUUUACUAUGUACUAAUACUUUUUAUAUUUUGAAAUACACCUAAAGAAAAUUAUGAAAGAAGGCUACCUUGAGUUGUAGAAAAACAAAACUACAGUAAAAAUGAGACUUGAACUAAUAUAAAGAAAAGACAAAUGAAAUGAAAUUUAUUUAUUUAUUUUGUUGACAGGCAGAGUGAACAGUGAGAGAGAGACAGAGAAAAAGGUCUUCCUUUUCCGUUGGUUCACCCCACAAUGGCUGCUGCAGCCGGCGCGCUGCGCUGAUCCGAAGCCAGGAGCCAGGUGCUUCUCCUGGUCUCCCAUGCGGGUGCAGAGCCCAAGGACUUGGGCCACCCUCCACUGCCUUCCCAGGCCACAGCAGAGAGCUGGACUGGAAGAGGGGCAACCAGGACAGAAUCCGGCGCCCUGACCGGGACUAGAACCUGGUGUGCUGGCGCUGCAGGCAGAGGAUUAGCCUAUUGAGCUGUGGUGCCGGCCUGAAAUGAAGUAUUAUCAUCAAGUAACUAUUUUGAAUGUUCAAGUAGGAAAAUACAAGACAUAUUGUGACUAAAACCGGCAUUAACGAAACUGAUACAAAUGAAACCACAAUACUAAUUAGGACACUAAUUAGGAUGUGGUAAAACAAUAUUCUUAUAAUGUUAAUGUAAAUUAAUACUAUUGAUUUAGUAGUGUGUUAAAAGAAGCAAACAUUUAGUGUCUGUGUGGUAAUAAUUGUAUAUCUAUAAAAUGAUAUACUUUAAAAAAUUAAAAAUAAACACAAGUUGAAUGUUUCUUAUCUGGGGACCAGAAGUGUUUCAAAUUUUGGAGCAUUUAUGGAUUUUGAGAUAUUUACAUAGACUUUACCAAUUGGACAUCCCUAACUUGAAAAUCUGAAAUGCUCCAAAGUUUCAGAUUUGGCAUCAUUUUGGAUUUGGAAUUUUUGGAGUAAGGAUAUUCAAUGCUCACCCUGUAGUUGACAUUUGCUGAAUACUUACUACUUGGCAGGUACUUUACUGUGAACACAACAUCUACUGUGGUUUUGAGGAAAGUAGCAUUAUUAGAUUAGGAAGCCGUAUGCAACAAAGAUGAGAAAUUUACCCCAGCAAGUAAACAACAGAGAUGGGAUUAAAUGCCAGGUAGUCUGCACCAAGCACUAUCUCUUCUCUCUCAGAGGGAUGCACGCACACAUUGACUCAUAUAUAUGCACAAAUGUGUAAGUGCAUUAAGGAAUAUUUAUAACUGAUUUUCAUUGACUACAUAGUAAAAAUUUAGAAGACAUAGUCUGGGGGCCAGCACUGUGCUGCUGUGGGUUAAGCUGCCACCCGUGACACUGGAUUUCAUAUCAUAGUACCUGUUCGAGUCCCAGUUGCUCCACUUCUGAUCUAGCUCCCUAUAAUGCAUCUGGGAAGGCAGCGGAAGAUGGCCCAAGUAGUUGGACCCCUGCUACCCAUGUGGGAGACCCUGGAUUGAGUUCCUGGCUGUUGACUCUGUCCUGCCCCAGCCCUGGCCAUUGCAGCCAUUUGUGGAGUGAACCAGUGAACAGACAAUCUCUUUCUCUGUCUCUCCUUCUCUCUGUCACUCUGCCUAUCAAAUAAAUAAAUAUUUUAAAAAGUCACAGUGUUAUAAGACAGCAAUGAAUAAAGUAUAGUUUGCUUGUAUUUGGCCACUAUGUGGCCUUUAAAAGUGAUAAUUAUGAAGCAAGUACAGCCAUAUGGGAGAUGAUCAUGAUAUAACACGAAGUGAGAAAGACUUGGAGGAAUGUAAGACUAUAAGAUCCAUUAUAGUUGUGUACCUGUGUAUAUAGUACUUCUUAUGAACCACAUACUGGUCUAAGGACUCUGGAUUGUAUUGUUUAAUCCUUAAAGAAAUCCUAUAGGGCCUGGCACUGUGGCAUAAUGGAUUAAGACUCCACCUGCAGCGCCAGCAUCCCAUGUGGGCACCGGUUCAAGUCCUGCCUGCUCCUCUUCCAAUCCAGUUCUCUGCUAUAUCCUGGCAAAGCAGUGGAAGAUGGCUCAAGUCGUUGGGCCCCUGUACCCAUGUGGGAGACCCAAUGGUAGCUCCUGGCUCCUGGCUUCGGAUUGGCCUAGCUCUGGCCAUUGAGGCCAUUUGGAGAGUGAGCCAGCGGAUGGAAGACCUCUCUCUGUCUCUCCCUGUCUCUGUAACUCUGUCUCUCAAAUAAAUAAAAUAUUUUAAAAAUUAAAUCCUGUAAGUAUUAUUACUAUUCUCAUUUGACAUUUGAGGCAACUGAGCUACAGAGAGAUGUAGGUCAAGAUUUCACAGGAAUAAAUGAAGAGCAGUGUAACAUUAGAGUCUGCAUUUUGAACUAAUCAUCUUUGUAUUUAUAACAUUAUAUUCCAGAAGAGAUCAAAAUGACAAUACUGGUAUUAUGAGGCGGAAUGAGGAGGAAGAUGUAUUUUCCUGUGUACUUGAAGGAAUUCUGAACUCCUUGGCAGUCACACCCAGUAAAGGAAAGGGGGGGAAUUAUCCUGGAAUGCAGCCCUCCCUGGCAAACUUCUUUGGGCCGCUUCCUUCCACUCCCCCUUCCCCAUUUCUGUCUUUCUAAAACCACUGCUGUCUAGCACUGCCAAGCAAUUUGGAGUAGAAUUAUCUUAAACGUGAGGAUUCCACUGGUAAACAUUCUAAAAUUGAUGAUCAAGUUAGCAGUCUGAUUUUUCAAGCCAUGUGUCCUUGAAACACAAUCUUCACGUCACUUCCAGGGUUCCACUUUCUCCUGGACUUGCAUUUCCCUCAGUGAUUCUUUCCUAAUGUCUUUACUUCUGGUGGCUUCUGUCUACCUGACUUCCAAGUGCUGGAGUGCCUCAGGGCUCUGCGCUUGUCCCGCUCUCUAUCUGCACUCAUCCCGGUGCAUCCAGUCCAGUGAAACUGAUUACCAUGCAAAUGUUAAUGACUCUCAAAUUAACAUCAGUGGUUCAAAGUGCUCAUCUGUGCUAUGAACUUGAAUAGACAAUUACCUCCUUGACAUUUCCACUUGGAAAUAGUUGUUUCAAACUUAAUAUGUCCAAAAUAGAUACUUGAUCCCUUUCUCCGAAUCUCAAAUAGAAUUGUACCACCAUUUGUUUACCUGACUGCUCUUCUACCUACCUGGAACAGCCUUACUCCUUAUCUGUUCUUGGAUUAAUCCAUAUAUUUAAGUUCUGCUCAGAUACAACCAUUUCAAAGGCCAACAAAAGUUAGCAGCCACCAGCAACUGGAAGCGGAAAUGAAUUCUUUCCUAGGUUAUCCAGGAGGUUGAGAGGGGACCUGCCUGGGCCUUGCUUUUGGCUCCAUGAUAACAACUUCAAUGUUAUGAAAGAGUAAAUCCAGGUUGCCUUAAGUCACUAAAUUUGAAGUAAUGUGUUACAACAGCCAUAGGAAACUACUAUAGUUUUGGAUCCUGGAAAUUAGGUGCUACUGUGGCAUACACCUGAACAUGUGGCUUUGACAUUGUGUAAUAGGUAGAGUCUGGCAGACUUCUGAAGGGCAUAAGAAAAAAGAAAGCUAGGUUGGUUGCCUUAACACUGUCGGUUGAUGUACAGAAGUUAAAGGCGCUGCUGGUGAGGGCAAAAUAGGAGAUAAGAAGCAUAUUUUUGGAAAAUGGAAACAUGUUUUCAAUAUAGAGUGGAAACAAACACAAGAGUAAAUCAUAACAGAAUAAUGUCUUAAAUUGAUUAAAGAAGAAAAAGUCAACCUAGAAUUCUAUCUCCAGCAAAUUUGUCUUUCAUAAGUAACUGUAAAUACAGACAUCUCAAGCAAGCCAAGUGGAAUAUGAGGUUUAAAAAAUCUUUUAAAAUUCAUAGAAGAUGCAUAUUAUGAGAAACCUAUGCAUGGAUUUCCAAAAAAAAUUUCACCAUAGUAAACUUACCUUUUAAAAUAUCUUUUUCAUUUAUUUUUAUUUGAGAUGCAAAGAGAUAGUGUGAAACAUAGAUAAAUACAGAGCUUUCAUCUGCUGGUUCACUCCCCAAAGGCCAGUAAUGAGUGGACUGGGUCAGCUGAGAACCUAGUCCAGGUCUUCCACAUGAGUGGCAGAGAUCCUUCCACUGCUGCCUCCUAGGCAGAUUGCUCCCACCCUGGGUCUGUGUUAUCAGGAAGCUGGAAUCAGAAGCAGAGCCAACACUCAAACCCAACCACUCUAAUAAUGGGUUCAGGUAUCCUAACGAUGUCUUAACCACUAGGCCAAAAACGCACCCUAAAAUAAAUUUAUCUUUUAAUUCCAUUUCCAUACAAACUUUUUGAAGAACCCUCAUAUUCACUGCCAUCAAAUUUGUACUAUAAGAUAUAUUAAAUGAAUAUAUUUGGGAUGAAAAAAAUGAUACCAGUUGGAAAAAAGACCCAAAAUGAUAAAUUUAUGGUUGAAGAUAAAAGACUUUUCUUUUAAAGAUAAAUAACUAAUAAAAACUAGCAGUAAUGGCUUGAUUAGUAAAAUGAAUAACACUGAUAUAUAAUAUAGAAGUAAAAAGAAUGAUGAAAAUAUCACAAAUGAUCAAAUGUGGAAAAUGAAAACAUAUAAGAAUAUGAUAAGGGACAUAUCAUUCAAAAGUAUGCUGACAACUUGCAGUGGGUUAUUGUCAAUGAUAGUUCUACCAAUCAAAAACUGAAACAAGAACAGAUAAUAAACUGAUAGAAGAAGACAAAGUGUAUAGACAUAGUAUACAAAUAGUCAAUUCCAAAAGAAGCUGGAGAAUAGAUAAAGGGAACAAAGAACAAAUAGGAUAAAUAAAAAGCAUAAUAAGACCAAAAGCCAGUCAUAUUAAAUAUUAUGUUAAAUGUAAAUGAUAUGAUUACUCCAAUAAAAUUCAGCAAUGAGCAUAGUGAAUAAUAAAAAAAAAAACAAACUAUAUACAGUAUACAAGAAAUGGCUUUAUAUAUAAAGCAAGAGAGUUAAAAAUGAAAGGGUGAAAUAAGGUACACAAUUAUAACCAGCAGUUAUAAAAAGCGAAAGUGGCUAAAUUAUUGUAAGUCUAAGUAGACUUCAGAAGAGAAAGUAUGACUGUUCAAAUGUCACUUUAUAAAAAGAAUACAUCCAACACUGUGGAUGAAUCUCACACAUGUGAUGCUGAGCACAAGAAGGCAGAAAUAAGAGUACAUACUGUACUGAUCUCAUUUAUAUGGAAUUCUAGAAAACGAAAGACUAAUUUAAAGUGACAGAAGGCAGAUCGAUGUUUUUCUGAAGCUGUGAUGCGUGUAGGAGGUUAACUGGAUGGACAUGACACAA